GUUCAUUUCACCGAAUCAAAUGGUUAUGUUGGUGUGUGAAAGGAAAACAUCAAAUCACUUUCUCUAAGAGCGUAGCUUUAGCGGACCUCAAACGUUGAACCGAGUUUGAAAUGCCUUCAUUACUUUACGUGGACAGCCCAAGGAGUUAUCGAAGAAUCCAAGGGGAGAAGAAGAAAUACAUGGCCAAAGGCGCCACAAUUUCAUGGUUGUCAGACCAACUGAGCAAUGGAGCAAUCUUGUUACUUCUCGACUGCCGACCGUACGCCGAGUAUGCUCAGUCCCAUGUACAGGGCGCGAUUAAUUUAACUAUUCCUUCCCUCAUGCUACGAAGACUAAAGAAAGGCGCAAACUUCGCCAUAAGUUCACUGAUCACUUCGGAGGAUGGCAAGGCUCAGUUUAACAGGAAUCUUCGCCUGGCGUCGGGAAUAGUUUUGUACGAUUCGGAAACGAACGAUGUGUCGAGCGUAUGUUCAAACAGUGCCUUAGGAGUCUUGCUGAAGAAGUUUUCCGAAGAUGUCAAUACGCCAGUUUGGUUACUUGAAGGUAAGAUUUAAGAUUUGUAUUUAAUUUAACAAUCGUACUUUUGUCCUCAAAUUUAGUUGACUGGCGUGUUAACUAAAUUUUCGACAGUCUGUCGCUUGCUCAUUUGCUGAUUCAAAAGGGGACACCAUCAGAAUUUUGUUUGUUUUUGAACUAAUCUCGCCCGCAUUUAAUCUAAUAUACGCCACUCACCAAUUACAACGAUUUGUUCCGAUGUUUUUCAGGUGGCUUUACGAAGUUUGAGAAUAAGUAUCCCAAUUUUUGCGUCGCUGGAGAACUCGUCGAUAGACCACUGCUGUCUCUGUCAGGAUUGACGAUACAAGACACCGACAUCAAUGACCGCGCGUUGAAACAUGAACCAAUUACACCACAAAUCACUGAUCACCAAGAGUCCACGGCAAAAGUCCCUGUUCAGAUCCUACCUCGUUUAUACCUUGGCAGCGAAAAGGAUUCUUCAGAUUUGGAACUCUUAAAGAAAUACGAAAUUUCGUAUAUCUUAAACGUUACACACGACAAGCCGAACUCUUUCGAACAUUUGCCUGAUUUUAAAUACAAGAAACUCCCAGUAGAAGACAACUGGAGAGCUAAUCUAUCCGACAUGUUUCCAGAGGCAUUUCAAUUCAUAGGUGAGUUUGUUAACACUAAUUUUUUUUUUCGCCCGAAGAUUGAUUAAUGUUUUUUUUCGAUGUAGUAGAUUUGAUGGAUAAAAAAUAGCGAGAUAUAGCAACCGUGGCAUUGCGGGAAAGUUGUAAUUCUUAGCGGCAAACGCCCCCCGUAGAAAUAAUUUGUUACUUUUUAUACGUAACUGGAACAAAUCUUUUGACUUUUUAGAGCAAGUGAGUUCGGUAAUUCGAAAAAAAGUCGUUUAUUAAUCAAGUGAGUGGGUGGUUAUGGACUCGAGAAACGAGCGCUGGUGCAUUCACUCGGCGUUUGUUUGUUUAAUGCUGGUUGGUACAUUGAAGAAAGUUACUACGUUGUCAUCUGACGUAAAUAUCGCUCAGAAUUGAACUAAAGUAAUCAUCUAUACAGAUACCCCUUGGGUAAUCGCUAAAACAUUUUUGGCUAGAUUUUAGUCACUUCUCUAAUAAAUUAUACUCGCUAUACACUCGUGGUCCGCUUUGAAUCGAUUUUGCCGCUAAAGCAAGAAUUUCUAAUUACCUUCUUCGGUGUAGCGUAACCACUAUCCAUUGCUUUAUUGACUGGAUAUUGAAUUUGCGGCUUAACUUAAGUUUUGAUACCUGCACUCCUAAUAAUCAAAACUUGUUUUCUUCCUUUUUCCAGAUGAGGGCAUCACACAGAACCGUGGAGUUUUAAUUCAUUGUCUUGCCGGAGUCUCGCGUUCGGUGACUGUAACUAUCGCCUACUUAAUAUCAGCCCUCAACAUGACUUUAAAUGAAGCUUACGACUUCGUGAAACAAAGAAAGCCGAGUGUUAAUCCAAAUUUGAACUUUAUGGGACAACUACUGGAGUUUGAAAGGCAACUCAGAACACCUCAAACCCCAAGUUCCACGACGAGUACGCUCUCGAGCGACUGUAGUUUAGACGGCGAAGUCGAAGACUUGAGUUGAACGUUGUUCGUUGGAGCUGUCAAAAGGUUGAAUUCGAAUCAAGCUGAUAGA